AUGUAUCUUGUAAUAGGGCACGUAUCUUGUAUCAGUGUUGUUGAAUGGGCUAGCGUGCCUCUCAUCUAUUGUCUGACAGCUAACGAAGGGCGAGCUCGGGCGCCGGGCAGUGCCGGGCAGAAGGAGGGCGUGGGUCAGGCACAUGCGUUCCGGAGCAAGUCGUUCAAGAAGCCACGACCAUGUCACUGGUGUCAUCAGCCCGUUCACAACACUGGCUCGUGCUGCAGAGAGACUUGCGAUUCUAACAUUUCCUGCAACACCGCUUGA